GCGGUCCUAGGCGCUGGCUCCAGGCUGCCCGGCGGCCCGGCGGGACGGGGGGCGGGCGCCGAGAUGCGCUCCCUACUCUGCCUGCUCCUGGUCUUCGUGGGCUGCACCUUCGCCUUGUACUUGCUGUCAACUCGACUGCCCCGCGUACCGACACGGGGCUCCGCCGAAGAGACCGAAGGCAGGUCACUGUGGUUCCCCUCUGACCUGGCUGAGUUGCGGGAGCUCUCCGAGGUCCUUCGAGAUUACCGGAAGGAGCACCAGGCCUACGUGUUCCUGCUCUUCUGCAGUGCCUACCUCUACAAACAGUGCUUUGCCAUCCCUGGCUCCAGCUUCCUGAAUGUUUUAGCCGGUGCUUUGUUUGGGCCAUGGCUAGGGCUUCUGCUGUGCUGUGUGUUGACAUCAGUGGGUGCCACGUGCUGCUACCUGCUUUCCAGUAUGUUUGGCAAACAACUGGUGGUCUCCUACUUUCCUGAUAAAGUGGCCCCACUGCAGAGGAAGGUGGAGGAGAACAGAAACAGCUUGUUUUUUUUCCUACUGUUUUUGAGACUUUUCCCCAUGACACCAAACUGGUUCUUGAACCUCUCGGCUCCAAUUCUGAACAUCCCCCUUGGGCAGUUCUUCUUCUCUGUUCUUUUUGGUUUGAUCCCCUACAACUUCAUCUGUGUGCAGACAGGCUCCAUCCUGUCCACCCUAACCUCUCUGGAUGCCCUGUUCUCCUGGGAAACUGUCUUUAAGCUGUUGGCCAUCGCCCUGGUGGCUUUAGUUCCUGGAACCCUCAUUAAAAAAUUCAGUCAGAAAGACCUGCAUUUGAAUGGCACAAGCAACACCAAUCAUCUAAGUAACAGAAAGGACAUGUGACCUGGGUUUUUUGGUUGCUGUGUCUCUGGACUCUAUUGCCUCUGUGUGUAAUGGGUGUGGUCCUCUACAGCCCUUUGUUGUUUUUUAAUUACCCUCAACAGGUGGUUUGGACACUUCAUCUGUGUGCAGUGUCUUGUCAUAAAGGCCACUGUGCUCUAGAAGGUGAAUUAUAUCAGGUUCUCAAACAAGCCCUGGUUUAACAGGACACUCCGUGGAAUGGAUAACCUCUUAGAAAAUCCAGUUGAUAUUUAUUGAGUAACAAAGAACUCGGGAUGGUCUGAUGUAUUUGCCUCUUGCCAAGCCCUGAGCUGCCUCCGGAGAGGAUGCUGACCUCCUCGUCCAGAGUGCCUCUUUUGCACCGUGAUAGGCUGUUGUGGCAGGUGUUCCAUUAAGUCCUUGAUGUUGGUUAUUAGUGUAAAUGAUGACAUGUGAACUCAUGUCACUGACAUCACUCUUCAUCUUGUUAGUCCCCUGAAGAGUGUUUGUCCUGCACUCUUUUGCUGCUGAUCUACCUCUUCCAUAAACCAAGGGAAAGAAGCUGACAGACUGCUUAGAACCUCAGUGUACAGCUCAGAUGCAAGUGACUUCCGUGAUGCUCUUUGUGUUCAGACACACUGAUGUUAUCUUGUAUGUCACAUUUCCUCUUGGUGGCGUGUCCUGACAAAUAAGCUGAUUGCAGACAGACAAUUAAAUAUGAAUGGUGCAAACUCUGUAUUUUAUGGAUAUGUUUGGGAGAAGUUCCCAUCCACCUGGGCAGGGCAGGGCCCUUGACUGACCUGAACCAAAUGACCAUCAGUACCUUUUGCCCUCUCUGUGUGGCAGUUCCUUCUCCCGCCUGCUGGGGGAAUGGAUUCAGUACGCUCAGCUAUUAGCCAGUGUCCCCUCUGAAGGUUUUUCAGUUUGUCAUUUGCCAAGAAUAACUUGAGGAAUAAUUAUAUUUCAUUUUUAAUUCUAAGAGGAAAACUUGACUUGGGGUUAUUGUGUUGUAUUUCAGUUACCUGUACCUGCCGUUGCUUCCUAUAGCAGCAGUAUUGAAUUGGCACAGACCUGGGUUAAUACUUCCCAGGACAGAAGGACUGUCACACCUAAACUGACCAGGUCUGGGUCUCUGUACCCUACAGGAGUAACUUAAUUCUCACCAGAACUGUUGCCCUUGGGCAUAAUCAUCUGGGUUUUUGAUUUGGUUUGGCCAAGACUCUUGCCAAGGCUUUAAUCUAGACCAUGUGUUCUACAUGAAUUCUUGAGAAUGAAUCCCCAAGCAUUGUUUUUUGGACCUGUAUGAUUUUUGAAACAAAAACAAACUACAACAAAGCCACAACAAGAACUUCAUUUUGAAAGAAGUGUUACUUUAAAAGAAGCUUGAGAACAAGGGUGGAGGUGAAGAGGAGGCCAACUGAACUUUGAAACCGGUGGCUGUGUGUUCCUGGAGAAGGGGAAGGGAGGGAGAAACAAGGAAGCUCUCCACACUUUGCCCUCCUUCCCUUGUCCCCCGUAACCUUGCAACAAUGUGCCUUAGCAGUUGUGAGUUUACAGGUAAAGCAAUUCCCCAAAUAAAUG